UAGUAACAGUGGUCUAGUGACAUGAUGAUUGUUGACAGAGCUCUGUUGGAAUGAGCUUGUAGAAGCUUGUACGACUAUAGAGAGUUUGUAUGCUGAUAUCUGGAAUUUUGUUUAGAAAAUUUCGAAAAUUGUUCUACGAUAGAAAUUGUUUGAAGAAUUUAUUCUAAAGUUAGUUUUGAUUUCAUCGGACGAUCCACCAUAGGGAGAUAUCGUGAGAAGAACAAAAUGAGUGGAAGAUCACAAAUGACGGCGAUGAAUGGAAAAAGGCUAUCUACGAUGCCUGCCAAACAUCAACCUGAAACUGUAGCUCAGCAUUUCGACUUGAUUAAAUAUAUAUUUGAUUCUUGGAACUCCGUAUCAAAAGAAUUAGACAUGUGUAACCAACCGCAUUUGAAUUCUUCGAGUUAUAGGAAUGGCAUUACCGUUACAUAUUAUCAAGAGCACGAACCUAAUCCUAAACUUAAAGAUUUUGAGCCAUUUGAUCUGGAAGCCUGGUGGGGAAAGCGCGUAGUUCAAAAUAUUACCAGGAAUUCGAGCUCCUAGUGCCAGGCCGAAACUGUUGGUUACAAUCGAACGUUUUCAAACAGACAUAAGAAGCAGAAAA